CGUUUCCCAAAGUGGCUUCCGCUUCCGGGCUAUCCUUUGCCGGAAGCAGCAUGCGGUGACGUAAAAGUUUCGCGCCGGCAUUGAUUGCGGAAGAACGAACAGGAGUGCGGUGUGAAUAUGGGGAAGCAAAAGAAAACAAGGAAGUAUGCGAUCAUGAAGCGAAUGCUUAGUCUCAGAGAUCAGAGGCUUAAAGAAAAGGAUAGAUUAAAACCUAAAAAGAAAGAAAAAAAAGAUCCCAGCGCACUCAAGGAAAGAGAAGUCCCUCAACAUCCUUCCUGCUUGUUCUUCCAAUAUAACACACAGCUGGGCCCACCUUACCACAUUCUGGUUGAUACCAAUUUUAUCAACUUCUCCAUUAAAGCCAAACUGGACCUAGUACAAUCAAUGAUGGACUGUCUGUAUGCCAAGUGUAUCCCUUGUAUAACUGACUGUGUAAUGGCUGAAAUUGAGAAAUUGGGGCAGAAGUAUCGAGUCGCUCUAAGGAUCGCCAAGGAUCCAAGAUUUGAACGAUUACCGUGCACACACAAAGGAACCUACGCAGAUGACUGCUUAGUACAGAGAGUAACUCAGCACAAGUGUUACAUCGUGGCCACGGUUGACCGGGACCUUAAGCGAAGAAUCCGUAAGAUCCCUGGAGUUCCUAUCAUGUACAUUUCUAACCAUAGGUACAACAUUGAGCGGAUGCCAGAUGAUUACGGAGCCCCUCGGUUUUGAUUCUGACAAGACAACGUCCCUCUGCCUUCAACUAACUUUUUCUGUUUCCAGCUCAUUAAACAUGCUAUUUUAUGGCUAAUUGAGUGUGGUUAAGUAUACUUACUUUUUGAUGCUGGUUCAAAAAUAUUUUGUCUCAUUUUAAAAAUCGUUGCUUUUUUUAAAAAAUAAAUCAGAUGCCCAGAUGGUCACUCACAUAAUUUUAUCAUCUUUGUUUUAUAUUUAUUUACUCAACAAAUAGUUGUUAAGUCCAUGCUAGGUGCUUAACAAGAUACAGUUCUGCCCUAAAAAUAAAUAAAUAAAGAUAAUAGUCCUGCCCGCAAGACAUUCAUAUUAUGGUGGGGGAGAGAAACAUGUAAAUGAAUAAAUACGGUAAAAGAGUGAUGGUAGGGUAAAAGUAUCACAUAAAGGAAGAAAGAAUGAUUUCUUUCUGCUUGGUUGAUAUGGGGAGGGAAGUGAUGUUUAAGUUAAUCUUAAAAAAUGAGUAAGUGCUUGCCCAGUAAAUGAGGCAAAGACAAGGCAUAGGAAGCAGUAUGAACAAAAGCAAGGAGACACGAAUGUUUCGUGGAGUAAGUGUGCUUAUCCUGUUCAAGCAACUGCCAGAAAGUUUGUAUGACUAUGACAUAGGAAAUAAUGGGGAGAAAAGGUCUGUAGAGGCUCCAAAGAUAGGAGGGAGGGGGUCUUUUAUGGUAUUCUAAAGGGUUUGGACUUGAUUCUGAGGUCAGUAAGGAGUUGCUAAAAUUUUAAGCAGGGUGUCACAAUAACCAAAAGGUAGAUAAAACUGAAAUGUCCAUCAACAGAUGCACGGAUAAAGUGUGAUAUAACACACAAUGGAAUACUAACAAAAAAGCAAACCCACUGCCUUCAAUUCGAUUAGAUUCCGACUCAUAGUGACCCUGUAGGACUGAGUAGAACUGCCCCGUAAGGUUUCCAAGCCUGUAACCUUUAAGGAAGCAGAUUGCCACCUCCUUCUCCCACAGAGUGAGCAGCUGGUGAGUUCAAACUGCUGACCUUUCGGUUAGCAGCCGAGCCCUUAACCCCACUACGCCACCAGGACUCCUUAAUGUAACACUACUCAGAAAUGAAGUACUGAUACAUUCCACUACAUAGAUGAAUCUUAAAAUGCUGAGUGAAAUAAGUCACAAAAAGACAAAUAUUGUAUGCGCUCACUUACAUGAAAUAAGUGCAAAUAUAGAAAACAGAGAUUAUUAGUGGUUACCAGGAAUGGGAGGGCAGGGGAAAAGAGGAGUUUGUGCUCAGGAGGCAUUGAGUUUAUGUUAGGGGUGGUAGAACUAUUUGGAAAAGGAUAAUGAGAGUGGUUGCACAACUUCAAGAAUGAAAUCAGUGUCACUGAAUUGUCCAUAUAGAAAUUGUUGAGAUGAUGUAUGUUUUGUUACAUAUAUUUUCACCACAAAAAAUUUUUAAGUGGGGUGGGUAACCUAAGAUUAGAUUUUUUAAAUGAUCCCAACAUAAUGUGUAAAAAUAGACAACUAGAUCAUUGAAACAGAAUAGAAAGUCCAUAAAUAAACUUAGGUAUUUAUGGAAAUUUGAUAUAUUUUACAAAGUUGGUAUUUCAAAUCUAUGUGAAAAGGAAAUUAUGUUAGAAGGCUAAAUAACAUGGAGUCAUUUUGCUAGGGUUAGAAUCCUGAUUCCACCAAUUAAUGUCUAUGAGUUGGGUUUGGUGCCUGACUUGCCUCCUCUUUAAAAUGUUUUGUUUAAUCCUCAAGCAACCCCAGUUAUACUGAACAGUACCUGGCAGAGAGAUUAUUCAGUAAACAUGAGCAAUCAUAGUAACAGCAAGUUGCCUCUCCAUUUGAAAAAAUAUAUUUAGAUUCCUACUUCACACCAUUCGUGAGAAUAUAUUUCGAGUGGAUCACAGACCCAAACUUUUUUAUUUAAGCUAAAGAAGUAUUAGGGGGGAAAAAAACAUAGAAAACUGUGUUUAUAACAUUUGGGUAGAGAAAACCUUUAAGAGGAAUUAAAAACCACAAAGAAAAGAUUGAUAAAUUUGAAUCUACUAGAAUUAUAGAUUUAUGUGUGAGACACUCCCCCAAAAUUACUAAAAGACAAGUAACUGACCAGCAGAUUGUUUAUACAUAAAACAAAUGGUGGCAGAGUGUGCGGAAAUGGGUACUCAUGCAGUGCUGAUUGGGGUGCAAACAGGUAUAAUCAUUCAGACUAAUUUGGCAGUAUCUAAAAAAAAAAAAAAUUGCAGAUAUGCUGUGAACCCAAUUCUACUUCAUUGUUAUUUAUAGGCACCAUACAGGUAAUUUACUUUAAAAUACCUCACCAUGGACAGUGUGAUAUAAAUGUGUAAAGAAACACACGUGCAGAAAGAAGCAUAUAGAAAGAUGUUUACCACUGUUUAUAAAAAAGAAAAAAACAACCUAAAUCCCUAUCAAAAGGAUCUUAACCAUGAUAUGUCUACACUGUCCAAUGGCAUGAGUGCUUAAAAAGAAUGACGUAGAGCUGUAUUAUUUAUAUGAAAUAACUAUGACAGUGUUAAAAGAAGCAAGUCACUGAACAAUUAGGUACAAUGUGAUAGUUUAAAAUUUUUUUUAACCACAAAAA